AUGGCGGAUUUCGAUUCUUUUCCGCUUCACGAAAGUGUGUUUAAUGAUGACAUACGACGGGUAUCGCAACUUAUUCGUACUUCCGAUGUCUCCCAAAAAGACAUUCAUGGUAACACAGCCUUGCAUCUUGCUGUUAUGCUUGGACAUAAAGAAUGUGUACAUUUACUUUUGGCUCAUGGUGCACCUGUUAAGGUGAAAAACUUGCAAGGAUGGACUCCUUUAGCAGAAGCUAUUAGCUUUGGGGAUCGCCAAACAAUAUUUUCACUACUCCGGAAGCUGAAACAGCAGUCUCGUGAUUUAUUAGAGGACCGACGACCAGCAUUAAUUAGUGCGCUGCGAGAGAUUGAUGAUUUCUAUCUCGAACUCAAGUGGGAUUUUCAAAGCUGGGUGCCACUUGUUUCUAGAAUGUUACCAUCAGAUAUCUGUAAGAUCCACAAGAAAGGUCCAUGUAUAAGAUUGGACACAACACUAGUCGAUUUUAAUGACAUGCAUUGGGAAAGAGGCGAUAUAUCUUUUAUAUUUAAUGGUGAUGCUUGUCCAAACCAGUCUCUCACAGUAUUAGACAAUAAACUGAAAGUCUUUCAACGGAUUAGAUACGAGGACAGUGAACUUGAAUUGGAGGAUGAAGUUGAUAUAUUGAUGAGUUCUGAUAUUAUGGCUGCUCAAAUGUCCACCAAAAAUAUCACGUUUUCUCGAGCUCAAAGUGGAUGGCUGUUCCGUGAAGAUAAAACGGAAAUGGUUGGAGAGUUCCGUGCAGAUUUUUAUUCAGUAAAUGGUCUGACACUUGAUUCUCGUAAAAGGAGAGAACAUUUAUCUCUAGAAGAUGUGCAGAAGAAUAAGGCAAUAAUGGAAAGUUUUCACAAAGGUACAUGGGACAACUGUGAGUUUGACAGGCGGCCAUCACUAGAACCACCUCCACACCCAGAUCUAUUGUGGGAAGAUUAUAUUGGUGCAGAACCUGGACGUCCACCAUACCUCGGAAGAAGUCUGAUUGCAAAAGAAAGUGCAAAGGCUUUCAAAGCUACUGUGGCCAUGAGUCAGGAUUUUCCAAUGACUGUUGAGGUACUUUUGGAUGUCUUGGAAGUUGUGGCACCAUUCAAGCAAUUCCAAAAACUACGUGAAUUUAUGACAUCCAAACUUCCACCAGGUUUUCCAGUUAAAAUAGAAAUACCUGUGUUUCCAACGGUUACGGCUAAGGUAACCUUCACAAUGUUUGAGUGGCAGGAAGACCUGCCGCUAGAACUGUUCACAGUGCCUAGAGACUUCCGGGAAGAUGCAAACAGGUUCCCUGAUUUAUGACCCUUCCUUGAGCUCAACCUCAUCCACAUCCUCACCAGCCUUGAAGAACUCCAUCCCUACCUCCUGGAUACUGCAGACACGGUGGGCGACCACAGCAAGUACAUAGGAAUCAAUCUCCCCAUGACCAACCUGGGAAACUCCAGUGGUGAACUCACCUUCCUGAUGUGUGUUGACAUGGAGUGAUGCAUGGUCAGUCUGCUGUGUUGUCGGUAAAAUGUUCAUUCUUCCCAUGACCAACCUGGGAAACUUCAUCAGUGAAUUCGCCUUUCUUAUGUGUGUCGACAUGGAGUGAUGCAUGAUUAGACUUCUGUGGUGUUGUUAGAAAUGUUCUUUCAAAGCUGGUGUCAUGUUUAACAAGAGUUCUACCUAAGCUGGUCCCAUCAUUAAGAAGAAUUCUGUUCCAAGUUGGUGCCAUAGUUAGUAAGGAUCUUCCAAAACUUGUGUCAUCAUUGGUUGAUUUCUGUUGCAAAACAGAUGCAUUAUAUGUCAGGACCUUUUCUAGUUGGUGCCAUCAUUGGCUGGGAUCUGUCCGAGAUAGAACCACAAUGGCUUAGGACCUUCUCAACUUGGUACCAUCAUUUCUGGCCAAGCUGGUGCCAUUAUUAGUCAGGUUCUUCCCAGAUUGGUGACAUCAUUGGCUGGUUUUACUCCAGGCUGGUACCGUCAUUAGGAACAUUGUGCCCUGACUGGUGCCAUCAUUGGGAACAUUGUGCCCUGACUGGUGCCAUCAUUGGGAACAUUGUGCCCUGGCUGGUGCCAUCCUUACAAACAUUGUGCCCUGACUGGUGCCGUCAUUGGGAACAUUGUGCCCUGAUUAGUGCCAUCAUUGGCAACAUUGUGCCCUCACUGGUGCUGUCAUUGGGAACAUUGUGCCCUGACUGGUGCCAUCAUUGGGAACAUUGUGCCCUGGCUGGUGCCAUCAUUACAAACAUUGUGCCCUGACUGGUGCCAUCAUUGGGAACAUUGUGCCAUCAUUGGGAACAUUGUGCCCUGGCUGGUGCCACCAUUGGGAACAUUGUGCCCUGACUGGUGCCAUCAUUGGGAACAUUGUGCCCUGGCUGGUGCCACCAUUGGGAACAUUGUGCCCUGACUGGUGCCAUCAUUGGGAACAUUGCGCCCUGACUGGUGCUAUCAUUGGGAACAUUGUGCCCUGACUGGUGCCAUCAUUACAAACAUUGUGCCCUGCCUGGUGCCGUCAUUGGGAACAUUGUGCCCUGGCUGGUGCCAUCAUUACAAACAUUGUGCCCUGACUGGUGCCAUCAUUGGGAACAUUAUGCCCUGACUGGUGCCAUCAUUGGGAACAUUGUGCCCUCACUGGUACUGUCAUUGGGAACAUUGUGCCCUGACUGGUGCCAUCAUUGGGAACAUUGUGCCCUGACUGGUGCCAUCAUUGGGAACAUUGUGCCCUGGCUGGUGCCAUCAUUGGGAACAUUGUACCCUGGCUGGUGCCAUCAUUGGGAACAUUGUGCCCUGGCUUCAUUGGGAACAUUGUACCCUGGCUGGUGCUGUCAUUCAGAACAUUGUGCCCUGACUGGUGCCAUCUUUGGGAACAUUGUGCCCUGACUGGUGCCGUCAUUGGGAAUAUUGUGCCCUGACUGGUGCUGUCAGAAGCAAUGUCUGCUCAGGCUAGCUCAGCAAUAGGACUUCUGUUCAUGUAUGCUGUAUAGGAUAUGUAACACAAGGCAGCUUAUG